AUGCAACUGCCGCACGAGUACAUCAUGUGUGGACUGCAGCACCCAACGACGCUCAAGUGCAGCCUGAAUGCCGUCCAAGCCUUCCACAACGAGUGGUGGCGAGCCAUGAGCCUCUACACACCUCUGAAUGCGAUCAUGGUUGUCAUCUUCCGCGGAAGCGCCCUCUUCAAGGAUCCGUUGCAGACGCUCAGCCGGUUGGCUGUAUCGAUCCUCCGGUCAUCGCUGUUCCUUACUUGCUAUGUGACAACAGCAUGGACACUGCCGUGCUACCUUCGCCGAUUCUCCGGAACCGACCGCCAGUGGCACUACUACAUCAAUGGGAUCUUGGCCGGCAUGAUGGUCCUGAUCGAAGUCCCUGGUCGCCGCCUGGAACUAGCGCUGUACUGCAUGCCCCGUGCUCUCGAGAGCUUCUGGAACUGCGGUGUCAAGUGGAAGUGGUGGAAGAAUAUUCCCGGCGGCGAGGCCAUCUACUUUUGCUUUGCCACAGGCGUCUUGAUGACUUUCUACCAGAACGAUCCCGCCAUCAUCCACGACGGCUACCGCAAGGUCAUGGUUCGCUUCCUCGGCAUCAACUGA